GAAAUUCCUGACACCUUUCCGGAAGUGCAAUGGAGUCUGGAACCCACUGACGCUCCAAAUAAUCCCACUCUCUCGCAUCCAAGUUGUCCUUUUAACGAUGUUCAUCCAUUUCCUGGUCAACCAAACGCCGCCUCUAAUACCUUUGUGGACCCUCUGCUUCAAGAAUUAUUACUUCAGGAGUGCUUCCCCGAUACCGGAGUUUCGAGAAGUUUCCCAGAGGUUAAUGGUCAUGGUGCUCCGGAGUACGCAGAGAACCCGACGACAUCGACCACUGCUAUAUGGCCGACAAUGGCUUUACCGUCUCCGACGUCUAUUUGCAAUGCAUGCCUGGUCCUUCGGGAAAUAAGUCAUACAAAUGGUGCGUGUUGUACAGCAAAUCAAAGGUUCUACAUUUCACUUGCAAAUAUGGAAACUUCAAUUGCAUGGAAGUAUUGGGAUGAUCACUCAUGCAGUCCUAGAGAAACUCUCUUCAGACUUUUCUCUGCAUCCACAGUACCAAACUUUCGACUUUUACAAGGAAAGUACAUAUACCGUGAAGCAAUUUUUGGUGAGGUAUUUCGAGGAUCGUAAGCAAGAGGGAUACAUUGUGCUUCAAGACCCAUUAUGGGAGUUCUAUGAUGCUAUGAGUGUUGGUUUGGGAGGGACUGAUUUUUUGGACAUCGACUCCUUUUUUGAACUACCUCCUUCAACUUCAGGUGCUCACAUCUAUUAAUGUGGUGACCAACUGAUGAAUCAACCAGACAUAUCAAACCAAAACAAUGCACUAGAGGAUGAGAAUAAAUCCCAAAAGAUCCCUCUUUCUGCUCAGAGGGAAAGAACUGGAAAGUUGAAGUUAAAAGACUUUGCAGGGUACCUUCAUCUCCCCAUAGAAGAAGCAGCAAGGAGAAUGAACAUUUGCCCUACAGUGAUGAAGAAGAUAUGUAGGAGAGAUGGGUUGGUGCGUUGGCCUUACAGAAAGGUGAGAAGCAUCCAAAGGAAAAUAGUGAACAAAUCGAAGAGCUUAUCUGCGAACGACGCCGAAGAGAGGAACUGUGCUCAUGUUGAAAUCCUAGAGCUUCAGCAACAACUCGCCAACAUUUCUGAAGCAUUCUUUGGUUGAUUUGUGUAUAUAUGUGCAUUUAUUUUUGUGGCAAAAAUCGAUUCUUUGAAAGGGUGUUUAAAUAAAAAUAUAAAUAAAAAUAAAAAUAAAAAUAAAAUAAAAAUAAAAAUAAAAAUAAAAAUGAUAUUAGUAGUUAUAGUCAUACUUAGGUGAAAUGUAAACUGUAAUCAUUUCAUAGUUUGUAAAUAUACAUGUAAUUAUAUUGUAUGAUUCAAUUCAUUCAUUAUUGUACUUCUAUCACAAACAGAUGUACAAUAUUGCAAUUUGUGUGAUUGGUACUAAAAAUAUACUAUGUAUCUAUUUAUUAUUGUCUUUGUCUCGCUCAACUUUGAAAUCAACUCUACAUUCUCCUAAAAAAAUUCAAUUCUUCAUUUUCUAUUGUUUCAUAAACUUUACAACUUACAUUUCAAAUGGGGUUCAAGUUAUUUAUUCUUCCCGUGCACAUUUGCACAUAUAUUAAUCAAACAAUUUUACUUUGAUAUUUCAU